AUGUCAAAUAUUUAUACUCAAAACUCCGAUCACGCAAAUGCCUCAAAUGGCAAUUUUGAUAACAACAGCGACUACAGCUAUACUGACGCUGACGAUAUCUUUGAAUUCAACAUAAAUGAAGAAGAUGAAGACUUAAGUAGUGUGCUGACUUCUAUACCCGAUUCUCCUUUAUUAACUCCAAAAUAUUACACUGAAAGCAAUUAUAGCUACCAACCAAAUGGUGACUGGUACGAUUAUGAAGAAAAUGAAAAAUUCAUCAACUAUUCUACUGGUUCUCAACCAUGGUUAUACGAAUGUGGCUACUGCAAGAUGAAAACAACUGAGGCCAAUCAUAAAUGCGUCGAAGCCAAUGCUCAUAAUGAUUCAUUAGACUACAAUAACGAAUUAAUUCAAUCAAACUACAGAAAGUGGUUAUUCAGUAUUUCUCCAAACUAA